AUGUACGCCGCCAAGAUCUUCCUCGGCCUCAUCGCCACCGUCUCGGCCAUCGAUAUCUACGGCUACCGCAGCAACGAAAAGUGCAGCGGCAACGACUACAUCGUCUGCACAAACGCCAACCCGAAUGACUGCUGCGUCCGCGCCUCCGCGCUGAUUAUCGGCCGCGCCUUCAGCGGCGGCGACUGCAAGAACGUCAAGUACGUCGCCCAGUCCAACGGCGCGCAGAACGUCUGCUGCGGCGGGAGCAGCUACUCUGGCGGCAACUAUGUAUUUGCUUCCAAGAAGCGCGAUGAGAGUGCCAGUGAAGGUGACACCUGCGCCGCUUCUGCCGGGGGCUGCACUUCCGUUGCGAAGGGCAACUUGAUGGUCUUUGAGAACGGACCCAAGUAUAACAUGACUGGUCUUGAUGAUGCUCUUUACACUGAACUGUGUCCUUCAUCUUCAUGGAUCAAAACUCCUCUUGUCUCCCUUCCCAGCCCUUUCAUUGUCACAUUCACUAACGUCUUUGUCACCAACAGUAUCUCUAUCUGGGAGAACGGCGGAAGCUCGGAUGAGAUCCCUGCCAAGUUCGAUGCCUACAAGUUUGAGUAG